AACAUUUGAACCAUCCUCUCAAAUAACUCUGCUCUCACUAGCGCUCCUUCCAUUUCUGUUCCUCUCAAAUCUCUGUCUCUUCAUUUCUUUCUUUCUUUCUCUUCAUUUUUCUGCCUUCUCUUUCCCUCGAAAAUAGUAGAAAUGUCCGAGAAUAGAUUUCUGGGUAGCAUUUCUAACUCGACGAUACGAAGUCUCCUUCCCAAAUCCAUUUCAUCCAAGAGCAGGAUGAGUUUAACUCGUUCCAAAUCCAGAUUCAACGGUGAAAACAUCGCCCCUAUGGAUCCCAACGUUCAGAUAAGCGACCCACCGCUGUUUUCUUCUAAUUCUAUCCCCAAAAAGGCCCAGUCAAAACAGGCAACCCCCAUAAAGGAACUCGCCAAAUCAGAGGCCAAAGUGGAAGUAUCCAAAGCUCCCGACCCAUCAGUCAAGGUUGUGGUGAGGAUCAGACCAGGAAAUGGCCUAACAACUGGAGAUCGGAUGGUUAGAGGAGUUUCUAAGGACUCAGUGUCUGUUGGUGAUAAAAAGUUCACUUUUGAUUCGAUUUUCGAUUCAAAUUCAACUCAGGAGGAUGUAUUUCAAUCAGUUGGGAUCCCUUUGGUUAAGGAUGCAUUGGCAGGUUAUAACACAUCACUCUUGGCUUAUGGACAGACUGGGAGUGGAAAGACAUACACAUUGUGGGGACCUCCCAGUGCAAUGGUUGAGACUCCAUCAACCAAUGGUCUUCAAGGCAUUGUUCCACGUAUUUUCGAGAUGUUGUUUGAUAACAUUCAGAGAGAGCAUGAGAAUUCUGAAGAUAAACAAAUAAGUUACCAAUGCCGUUGUUCAUUCCUUGAGGUAUACAAUGGCCAUAUUGGGGAUUUACUUGAUCCUAUGCAGAGGAAUUUGAAGAUAAAGGAUGACACGAAAAACGGAUUUUAUGUUGAGAAUCUGACAGAGGAAUAUGUGAGCACAUAUGAAGAUGUCACACAGGUUUUGAUUAAGGGUCUUUCAAGUAGAAAGGUUGGGUCAACAGGAGUAAACUCGAAAAGUUCAAGGUCUCAUGUUGUGUUCACAUGCAUCAUUGAGUCCUGGUGCAAGGAGAACUCAUCAAAGUGCUUUGGUAGUUCAAAGACAAGCAGAAUUACCAUUGUUGAUCUUGCUGGAUUUGAACGAAAUAUUCUUGAAGAUGCUGGUAGACAAUGUAUAAAGGAAGGAAAAUUCGUGAAGAAAUCUACGUCACAACUGGGGCGUUUGGUUAAUAUCCUCUCUGAACAAAGCCAAAGAGUACUUGAAGUUGUUCCCUAUAGCUGUUCCAGUUUAACACAUUUAUUGAGAGAAUCGCUUGGAGGGAAUGCCAAACUCUCUGUCAUAUGCACAAUCUCCCAGACCGACAAGCAUGCAAGUGACACUAUAAGCACACUUAGAUUUGGGAAGAAGGUGAAGCUCAUGAAGAAUGAACCAGUGAUCAAUGAAAUCACUGAAGAUGAUGUUAAUGGUCUGAGUGAUCAGAUUCGUUUGCUGAAGGAAGAACUUAUCAGAGCAAAGUCCAGUGUGAACAAUGUGUCUGGAAUCAACAGUGGCUAUUUCAAAGGGCACAAUAUGCGUGAGAGUUUGAAUCAGUUGAGAGUGAGUCUUAACCGCUCGUUGAUGUUACCCCGUAUUGAUAAUGAUUCUGAAGAGGAAGUUCACAUAAAUGAAGAUGACAUUAAAGAACUCCAAGUUCAGAUUGAUAGUUAUUCACACGAGGAGAACUCGAAAGAAACAAUCGAGAACAAAAACUGCAGCAAGUUCUGCUCAGCUGAAGGUUCUGUGACAGAUGUAAUGAGUGAAGAACAUUACAUCAGCUGUUCAGAAGAAGAAGGUGAAAUUGAAGAACUUGACUCUGAAGUAUUUCAGUCAGAGCUCCUUCAUAUCAAUACAAACCUCCAGUGCACUGUUCUCCAAGAUCCUGUGUUGUCUGAAUCUCCAAAAUUUGGAAAUACUCAGAGGAAAAGCUUAGUUAUAUCAUCAAGUCCCUCGUUGAACGAGACUGAUAAGCAAGACAAUUCCAGAUGUUCUGCAUUACCCGAGAAGGAAAACAAUAUUGUCCAGUCUUCCUUGAGGUCAAGCAGAAUAUUUCCUGGACCAACCGAGUCUUUGGCUGCUAGUCUUCAUCGAGGUUUACAGAUAAUCGAUCAUCACCAGCAGAACUCUGCAUCAAUAAUGAGAUCUUCUAUCGCCUCCUUCUCAUUCGACCAUUUUGCCAUGAAAUCUUCUGUUGACAAGGUAAAAACUAUUCAAACAUCAUCAGAAGGGCAACAAACUUCUGAGACAUGGAUAGUACCAGUCGAUGGAACUAAUGGUCAUAGAAAGGCAGAUCAAGUGCCUAAAGAAUAUGAGAAAGAUCUAACCGAAGCUCUGGAGAGAGAAAAGAAUCUUGAAAGUGUUUGUAAAGAACAAGCAGAAAAGAUCCAGCAGCUCAGCCAACUGCUAGCACAGUGCAAAUGUGAGACACAGAAUAAUGUUCUGAUUGGUUGUGAGGACAUGGAUCGUAAAAAAUGGCGAGAAUCAAUAAAUUUCAAAGAAAAGCAUCUUCUGGAAUGGAAUGGUAACCGAGAUUGUGAACAAGAGAUUGUUAAAGAAAUCCAGGGAGAGGUCGAUCACAACGAUAGUGGCAAAACCUUUGAUAUGGCAGAGAGGGAUGCCCUUCUUACAGAAAUUGAAAAUCUAAAGAGCAAACUGCAGCCAACGAACAAAUCAACCGAAAGAGCAAGGUCCUCUUUGUUGUUGCAAUCAAUUCAACUGGGAAAGAGUGGUGCAUAUGCAAAAGGGGCAAACGAGGAAGAACUCGAGGCAGAAAGGCAGAGAUGGACCGAGAUGGAGAGUGAAUGGAUUUCUCUAACUGAUGAACUGAGAAUCGAUCUUGAGUCCAUCCGCCAACGAGCAGAGAAGGUGGAGAUGGAGUUGAAACUCGAGAAGAACUGCACAGAGGAGUUGGAUGAUGCACUUCAAAGAUCAGUCCUCGGGCAUGCUAGAAUGGUUGAGCACUAUGCUGAACUGCAAGAGAAGUACAACGACUUAGCAGAAAAGCACCGGUUGAUCAUGCAAGGAAUCCAAGACGUUAAAAAGGCAGCUGCAAAAGCAGGAGCAAAAGGCCAUGGAGCUCGGUUUGCCAAGUCCCUUGCAGCCGAGCUGUCUGCUCUGAGAGUGGAAAGGGAGAAGGAGAGAGACCUUCUGAAAAAGGAGAACAAAAGCCUUAAAGCUCAACUUAGAGACACUGCAGAAGCAGUCCAUGCUGCUGGAGAACUUCUUGUUAGAUUGAGAGAAUCAGAGGAAACAGCUUCUGUUACAGAGGAGAAGUUCACAGCAGCACGGGAAGAGAACGAGAAGCUGAGGAAACAAAUGGAGAAACUGAAGAGAAAACAUAAGAUGGAGAUGAUCACCAUGAAGCAGUAUCUUGCUGAGAGCAGAUUGCCAGAAGCCGCUUUACGGCCAUUGUAUAGGGAGGACUCUGACAUUCCCCCCCAGAAUGACACUACCACAUCACACUCUCCUGUUUAUGAUGAUGAUCAAGCAUGGAGGGCAGAAUUUGGUGCCAUAUAUCAAGAUCACCAUUAUUGAAUCAAUCACCUCAAGUGUUUAGCCAACUAAACUCUAAGGAUAUUCUGCACAGUCCCUACUCGGGACUUGCAGAGAUGAUGCAGUCUAUUUGGUUUUUCAUGUUUCUAUUACAAGACAGGAAAUUGUGUCACUUCAACAGCUCUCUCAUUCAUUCUCAUUUUUUUCAUGUUAUUUGAUGAUGCAAAGGGUGUAUUUGAACCGCAACCAAUAUUAUUUGUAUGAAGAUAUAUAAUAUUCAUCUAUUCAAUUUUUUAUAUU